UUUACCUUUUUUUUAUUUUUUUAUUUUUUUUAAUCAAGAUAUAACUUAUUUUUUAAAAGACAACAUGGUUAAUAAAGUACAAUUAAGGAAGGGCGGCUUUAACUUUGAUAAUUAUACAAGAAAUAAAGCACUUGAAGCAAGUGGUGCUAAACCUCCCAAAGCAACCAGUACAGGAACUACAAUUGUUGGUGUUAUAUUCAAGGAUGGUGUCUGUUUAGGUGCUGAUACAAGAGCAACAGAAGGUCCUAUUGUGGCAGAUAAGAACUGUGAAAAGAUUCAUUACAUUGCUCCAAACAUUUAUUGUUGUGGUGCUGGUACAGCUGCAGAUACUGAAUUUACAACUAAUUUGAUUAGUUCUCAAAUUGAAUUACAUAGCUUAUCAACUGGUAGAAAACCUCGUGUUAUUACAGCUAUGACAUUAUUAAAGCAAAUGCUUUUCAAGUAUCAAGGACAUAUUGGUGCUGCACUUGUAUUAGGUGGAUUUGAUGUCACUGGACCACAAUUAUAUACAGUUUAUCCUCAUGGAAGUACGGAUAAAUUGCCUUAUGUCACUAUGGGUUCAGGUUCAUUGGCAGCAAUGAGUGUAUUUGAAAGUAAAUGGAAGCCUGAUAUGACUCGUGAAGAGGCUAUUGAGAUUGUUAAGACAGCAAUUGAAGCAGGUAUUUUCAAUGAUCUUGGAUCUGGUUCAAAUGUUGAUGUAUGUGUAAUUACAAAAGACAAAACUGAAUACCUCCGUAACUAUGCUCGUCCUAAUGAACGUGAGGUUAAAGAACAAAGUUACCGUUAUCCUAGAGGUACUACAGCUGUAUUGAAAACUUCUAUUGAAAAGCUUGUUUCAGUUUCCAAUGGUGAUUUAAUGGAUAUGUCAUUAUAAGAAAAUAA